AUGUCCUCCGAUUUGGACCAGCUCAUUGAAAUGGGCUUUGACAAUGAAAGGGCGGAGCUAGCGGUCGCAAGAGGUGGUGGUCUCCAGGGUGCAUUGGAAUGGCUAGAGCAAAACCAGGACAAAUCCAUUGAGGAUAUUAAGGAGGCUGUAGCGGAGGAGGGCCCUGCGCUUCAACCGGGUGAGGAGGCGAGGAGCUUGGUCUGUAAUGAAUGCGGCAAGCAGUUUCGAAAUCAUGCACAGGCCGAAUUCCACGCCUCUAAAACUCAGCAUGUGGACUUUGCGGAAUCAACCGAGGAGCUUGCACCCUUGACUGAGGAGGAGAAGGCGGCCAAACUACAAGCGCUGAGAGAGAAAUUGGCAGCCAAGCGGGCUGGACAGUCUGAACAAGAUAAGGCCGACCAGAAGAGAAAUGAAGAAAUCCGGCGGAAGAGCACCAAAGAAUCACAAGCCGCCAAGGAGGAACUCCAAAGGAAGCAAAUGAUGAAAGAAGCCGCGCAGAAGAAGAAGGAGAAGCAAGAUGAAAUUGAAGCCAAACGGCGAGUCAAGGCCAAGAUCGAAGCAGACAAGGAAGAGCGGCGACUAAAGGCUGAGCGAGAGCGAGCUGAACGGGCUGGCGCAGUACCUGUUCAACCGGCACCUGCUCCAUUGGCUACCACUUCCGGGCCAGUUGCAUCCAAACCGGCCUCGGCAUACACAGAAACCCGCCUGAGAUUCCAGACCUCCAAAGGAAACGUCAUGAAGACUCUCCCGGUCACCACCACCCUGUUUGAGGUUGUUGUAGCCUUGGAGAAGGAAGAUGGGGUUUUAGUGCAGAGCUUCUUGCAGACGUUCCCAAGGAAAGUGUUUGACAAGGAGUUCUUUGGGGAGUCCCUCAAAGACCUGGGUCUUAUUCCCAGCGCAAGUCUGGUAGUGCACGUUGGUGAUCAGCAUCGUGGUGGUCCGACUUCCGUAAUGAUGCCAAACUCGACUGGAUCAAUUGCGGGAAAUCCAUUUGAAGAUUCUCAGCGCCGCAUUAAUGAGUACACAGCGCAGGAAAUUGCCACACUCCAAGCGCGUCUUGAUAAGAAAUUAGGGCCUGAAUACAUCUCGUCAAGACCCGGUGCCGCGGGACAGAGAGUGCAUUACCUCUCUGCCGACAAAUGUAUCAAUCUAGCAAAUGAGGUGUUUGGCUUUAAUGGCUGGUCGAGCUCGAUCCAGAAUAUUCAGAUCGAUUUUGUGGAGGAAAGUCAAAAUACUGGAAAAAUAAGUUUGGGUUUGUCCGUGAUAGUAAGGGUAACCUUGAAGGAUGGAGCCUAUCACGAGGAUAUCGGUUAUGGCCACAUCGAAAAUUGCAAAGGGAAAGCUGCAGCUUUCGAAAAAGCUAAGAAGGAGGGUACGACGGACGCUCUCAAACGCGCGCUGAGAAAUUUCGGUAACGUUCUCGGAAAUUGUAUCUACGAUAAAGACUAUGUUUCAAAAGUUACUAAAGUCAAACCUGCGCCGACUAAAUGGAACGUCGGUGACCUCCAUCGUCACCCCGACUACGCCCCGGUCAAGAAGGAACCAGUUCAACCGCGACCAACUCCAGAGGAUGACGAUCUUCCUCCUCCAGCAGGCGCUCAUAGAAAUAGCAGUUCCAACGAUUCUGCUGCGGCGUUUGAUGCGGACGGAGAAUUUGGGAGUGAUUUAUUUGAUGAAGCCGAUUUUGGAGUUACCGGAUCUGGAAAUCCAGACGAGAUAGUCUUGGAACCAGAAACACACAAGCAACAACCGCCAACGCGUCUAAACAUACCCAACACGUAUCAGGGACACCAAGGGAAUUAUCCUCGACCGCCUCCAAAGGCUAAUCCAGCGGUUGUGACGCCUUCGAACCCAGAGCGAUCCUUCAAUCCGACUCCUGGUGCCAGGCAUAUCCCCCCUCCUGUCCCCAAUAGCCGGCAUAAUCCACCAGCAUCUCUGGAUUUGCAGCAAAACCCCCCGAAUGCGAGAAUGAUGCCGCCAGGGCACAAACCUAACCAAGCAUCCGCGCUACCUGUCUCAGACGGUCAGAUACCUGUCAAACGAGAAUUAGGGCCAAUUAACAAUGAAAUCAAAGCCCAUGAAAUAAUUCCACCUGCGAGUUCACCGUCCAUUCCAUCGGCCUCUUUCUACUCCGCUCGAGGGGUAGACAUGCUACGGGAAAACCCUCACGGUUCUUCUAUAGCACCUGCAUUCGACCCUCAUGCCGAGAGCCCGUCCAUCCGCAAGACUGCAGGCGUUGACCACAGCAAAACUGUCCCGAUCUCCAGACCUAUGAUUGCCUCACCUGCCACAAAUAGCACACGGGACUUCGUCAAUCCUUCCACAGAUAUUCAUCGAAAAAUUGGUGCACCCGGAGCUGCUGGUGUUGGUAGUCCCAUGAACAGAGGCCAGACGACUUCAUCCUACCGCCCAUUGACUCGACCCAACUUAGAUCCUCGAACUGCUGCCAACGCUGCAGCUGCAGAUCGGGCAAGCGUCGGACCCCAGAUUGCACCACAAAACGUGAAUGGGAAACGACCCCCUCUGAAUGACGUGACGAAUGCAUCCACUCCCGGUGGUAGCGGGCCUAUUCCUGCGAGUGGAAUUAAUGAUCCUAAGAGGGUAAAGUUUGCUUGCGGUCCUACGGCACAGCAGCCACAACAGCCACAGCCGCAGCAGCAAUAG